AUGUCUCAGGACCCUGAACUCGACAAGAUGCUUGUGCUCGACGCACUGAGCAGCGGCCUCAACAUAUCCAUGACAGAGCUCCUCAGCAUCCUCGGUCGACAAGCCCCGAUCUCAAACCUUCUUCUCGGACCCGUCAUCAGACCACAGCAAAUCCCCAUGACGGCGGCAUCUCAUCCCGAACCGAGCACGCUUCUACAACAGAAGGCGCCGGCGGCGACGGGGGGACAGCACCUGUUGAAGGAGUUCCACAUUGUAUACUGGACCGCUUUGGGUCUCGUCACCCUCAUCGCUAUAGCGGCUAUCUGGACGAAAGCUCACAUGGCGGCGCAAAAGGGUCGGAAGUCGUUCGAGGCCAAGAAACCUAUGUCGGACGUUGAGAAAUGGCACAUGCGGCGUCAGAAGGCCCGCGAUGAGGCGUCCAUGGCGCUGGGGCAGGUGGAUGAUCAAGCUCCGGACCUCAAACCUUCCACCAUCCCAAAUCCAUUCUCAAAAUCGUCGCAAGAUAUUCACAUCAAAAUCACCCACGCAGCCGUAACACACGUCGACCUCCUCUACGCCCAAGGCCUGCACCAAAACAACCGCAGACACGUCCAACCGCCCUUCAUCCUAGGCACAGAAUACGCCGGCAUAAUAACCCAUAGCCCCCCUUCCUCUUCCUUCCCGCCCGGCACCCGCGUCUUCGGCGGCGGCCUAGGCGCCUACGCAGAGCAAAUAUGCGUCUCUGAACCCUCCAUCCGCCGCGUACCCUCGCAAUGGACGAACGCUGAAGCCUGCGCCGUUGGCACAAGCGGUUCGGUGAGUUACGGCGCUUUGAUCUCAGUUGCGCAGCUCAAAGCCGGGGAAACUGCCCUCGUGCUCGGUGCGAGUGGCGGGUUGGGUGUCAUGGCUGUGCAGAUUGCGAAGGCGGUUGGGGCGAGGGUUAUUGCUGUCGUAGGGGGUGAGGAGAAAGCUGAGGUUGUGAAGAGUGUUGGUGCGGAUGAGGUUGUUGAUUAUAGACAGGAGGGGUGGGAAGCGAGGGUUAAGGCGUUGGGGAAUGGUGGGGAGGGGGUGGAUGUCGUGUAUGAUGGGAUUGGGGCUGUGGAGAGUGGGAUUAGGUGUUUGAGGUAUCGGGGGAGGUUGGUCGUUGUUGGGUUUGCGGCAAGAGGAGGUAAGAUGGAGAACCUGAAGGUCAACAAGAUUUUGCUAAAGGGGGUUGCGGUGUUCGGUUAUCGGUUCGGGGAAGAUGGGAGGAGAGAUCCGCAGAGGACAAAGGAUGUUUGGGACGGCUUUAUGAAGUUGGUUGAGGAUGGUAAGAUUCGGCCUGUCAUAUACAAGGAGGAUUAUUGGGGGUUGGAGGCGGUUAGUAGAGCGCUCGAGGACGUGAGAGAGCGAAAAGCUUGGGGAAGGGCUGUGAUAAGGAUAAGUGAAGCAGAAGCGGAUGAGACCGAGCAGAAGGCAAGGUUAUGA